AUGGGAUCCACUCGCCUCGCCUCCAAGAUUUGCGGUCGAGAGUUGCAACAGCAACAGCUGUUGGAAGCCUAUCGCCGUCGCAAUGACCCCACGCCAUCGCCUCAAGAGAUCACCCUAUUGACAGGUCCGAGUGGUUCUGGGAAAACGGUGUUGGCCAAGAGCUUGGCAAGACGAACCGAAGCCGAACGAGGCUACUUUUGUUGGGGCAAAUGUGAUCAGAUGCAGCAUUGCAACGAGCCGUUUGCCCCGUUCAAUGCCGCCGUCACACAGUUGGUUGAAACCAUUUUACGGCGAGACGACACGGGAGAAGAGACCGAACGACUUGAGGAGGCCAUUGAGAAGGCCACCAAAGACACAGAGCUUGGCGUGGCGCUGCUGUGUGGGAUAUUUUCUGUCUUUCGCAAAGUCUUGUUUUGUGAAUCACAAGACAGGAGUGCCCGAUUCUUGGGGGAUUCUUCCAGAUCCAACGGCCACAAUGUCCAACAUCAUCAUAAUCAUCAUCGUCAUGCUGGAAGCUCUGCAGAAUCGCCCGCUAUUGUCUUAUUUUGCAACUUUCUGAGAGAAUUCUGCUGUAUACAACAUCCUGUUGUUCUUCUGCUGGAUGAUUGGCAAUGGCUGGACCAGAGUAGUCUGGAACUAUUAAUGGUGCUGGGGGGCCCCGAAAACAAUCUACCGGGAUUGAUGAUUCUAGGAACCUGCCGAGGGAACGAGGUUUCCCCUCAUGAUCCUCUAUCCGUGGUUCUGAGAGGAUUGGAAGAACAAAACGUACAAAUCACAAACAUCGAGCUGCAGGGGCUGUCGGUGGAUGGAGUUCAAGCCAUGAUCUCCGAUCUACUUAGUUUGCCGUCCUCGGCAACGGACAAACAAGAAUCAUUUAGAUCUCUGGCGCAAAUGGUUCAUGCGUUGACAGGAGGAAAUCCUUUCUUUAUCCAGCAAAAUCUGCGUGUUUUGCGUGACCAGAAGCUCGUGUACCAAACAAAAGAUGGGUCAUGGCUCUGGAAUGAGGAGGAUUUCGAUGCAACUGGUGACGAAUACGAACGAACUCGAAUACUGGAUGCCGAAAUACAGAGGUUAGGGGAUUCGUCAUUGGCCAUGGAGGAAACACUCGUAGUUGCAUCGUUCUUGGGGGCUUCAUUUUGCCAGAAGCACUUGGAACUGGUGGCAAACUCUGAUCGCGAAGGCCUUCGAAACGCAGUCCACUUGUUGGUCAAGGACGGGGUAUUUCAGCAGCAAGAAGCGGUAUUACAAGAGAACGAAUCCAUAAACUGCUACUAUCAAUGGAGACACGACAAAUAUCAGCAAGCCAGCAGCGCUCUUGUUCCCGCAGGGAAGAGACGAGAGUACAGUGUGAAUGUGGGACGGAAACUGCUCGCCAAGUUAGCAUCGGACGACUUGGAGGAGGAUGCAUAUUUGGUGGCAAACAUGUUCCUCCAGGAUUUGAGUCUCUUAGUGGAUUCCCGAGAACGGAUACAGGUGGCUCGUUUGCUCCAAAUGGCGGGCAUCAGGGCCGCUUCAUCUUCUGCGUUUGAAUCAGCCGGAUCCUUCUUUUCGCAAGGCAUCGCGUUGCUUCCCGAGAAGCCGUGGCUAUACGAAUAUGACCUGUGCUUGGCACUGCACAACGGAGCCAUCGAGAUGGAGUUUUGCACUGGCCGAUUUCAACCGUUGGAUCAGCUUUUCGAUAUCGUCAUUCAGAAUACAAAAGGGUUGGAAGAUCAGCUAAGGGCGUAUGAGGCAAAGAUAUCUUCGCUUAGUGCUCGACACCUGGAUUUGGAGGCGGUCCAGUUGGGCUUCAAGGUUCUGAAGCGGCUAGGAGAACCGUUCCCUAGAAGUGCAAUCAAGAUUCACACAUUGGCUGGAAUUGCCAAGACCGUUUUGUGGCUGCGCCGUACAUCCACGGAAAGUAUUUUGAAGACAUGCCCAAUGCAGCGAUGGGAUAAACAUGCAGCUCUUCGCAUCUUGCAAAUCAUUGUCGCCGCUGUGAUUCGGGGCAAGCCUGAAUAUAGUCCUCUGUGGGCCAUUCGUGGCGUUGAAAUCUCCAUCAAAUAUGGAUUCUCGGGUAUGACGCCAGCCACCUUCAAUGCAUUGGCGAUGAUCCUGGGUACUACCGUCUUGGGUAUGACAGAAGAUGCCAAACGUUUGUCCCAAAUUGCUCAUAUGAUCGAUCAAAGAUACCACGCGCCAGAGUACACUUGCCGAAUGCUUAUAUUCGAAUAUGGCUAUGUGCAGUGUUGGCAUAGUCCGUUUCGAUCAUGCAUAGAACCGCAAAUCACUGGGAUGAAAGCAGGCUUGUUGAGCGGUGACGUCGAAAUCGCCUUUUGUCACGCAAAUUUCUACUGUUUGCAUGGCUUCUGCGCUGGGAUUCGGCUACAGGAACACGUUUCUGCAAUGGAAGAACAAUACAAAGAGUUUUCAAAACUUAGACAGAAAAUGUCAUUUGUGGGUUUGGGCCUGGAACUUGGCAAGAGGCUGCUCGACGGUAAUGAAACUGAUUCGGCACAUUAUGGAGCGUUUUGCGACAAAGAGACAGACCUUGAUGAAGCCAAAUGGGGGAGGAAAGACAUUACUCUCUUGAUCGUCAGUUGCUUCUGUCAACUGUUUCUUUCCGUUUACACAAACGAUUAUUCGUAUGGGCUACGUGUUUCACGGCGGCUCCGACAUUUGCCUUUUGAUGCAAUCUACGGUGCGAUGUUGGUCGUUCAACUGCAGUUUCUCCUGGGCAUGGCUGAUGUGUUAGCUGCGCAUGCUGGCAGAAAGAAGCCAAGGAGUGCUGGUUUGAGGGCGCUGAAGAAACUGAAGGCCUUGAAUAGGAACAUGACAUGGAAGGAAAAUGUGCUAAACAAAAUCUACUUGCUCGAAGCGGAGCGGGCUGUGUUGAAUGGUGACAGAGAAACCGCCCUGAGAAAGUUUGAUUCUGCUAUCCAGUAUGCUGAGGAAUCGGGGUUCGUGCAUGAAAUGGCGUUGGCCCACGAACGCUUGGCCUUUGCUUUCUCACACUGGGGCUUGAAAGAGGAGGCUCAAACCAAUAUGACGCAAUCAGCAAUCUUGUAUCAGAAAUGGGGCUUUGACAGGAAAGCUGCUGAUCUCACGACGAAGGAAAAGUAG